AGCCCGGCAUGGACAGAAGCUGAGCGCCUGUUUAAGCGCCAUUUAAAGGGGCGCCCGGGGCAGCACUUGGGCUGGUGGGAUAUGCUGCCUGGCACCGCGUAAGCCCAGUCCGAUGUGGCACUCACAGCUAAAGAUGAGAGCCAUGGAGGGAUGCAAUAGAGCCAACGUUUAUACCAAAGUGCCUGAUGGGGGCUGGGGUUGGGCCGUGGCUGGUGCCUUCUUCUUCGUGGAAGUAUUUACCUACGGUGUCAUCAAGUCCUUUGGGGUCUUCUUCAAUGAGCUGAUGGGCCACUUUGAUGAGAGCAACAGCCGAAUAUCGUGGAUUAUCUCAAUAUGUGUCUUUGUAAUGACAUUUACUGCUCCCUUGUCCACCGUUCUGAGCAACCGCUUUGGGCACCGGCCAGUGGUUAUGGUCGGAGGGAUCCUCAUCAGCACAGGCAUGAUAGUAGCUUCAUUCGCACGCAGUGUUGUGGAGAUGUACGUCACCAUCGGAUUAAUAUCAGGUCUGGGCUACUGUCUGACUUUCCUUCCUACUGUCACCAUCCUGUCUCAGUAUUUUGAGAAACGCCGCUCAUUGGUUACGGCAGUAGCAUCCACUGGAGAAUGUUUCGCUGUGUUUGCCUUUGCCCCAGCCAUCACCGCAUUGAACAACCUGAUUGGCUGGAGAUACUGUUUACUGACAGUGGGUGCCCUACAGCUGAACAUUGUUGUAUGUGGUUCCCUCCUUCGACCCAUUGUCAUCAAACCCCCAGAUGUAUCUAAAUCACCCGCGAAACCCGAGAACCUAGAGACUACCUAUAUGCUUGAAAAUGAGCAGACGCUCACCUCUGUAGACUCCAUUGAUUCUGGAGUUGAAGUAUCUACCUCACCUAAGAACGUACCAGCAAGCAUGAAGCCUGAGAAGAGCCCGGAAACACUGAGCGAGAGGAAGGAGAUGGUGGAACAUCCAGAACCAGAGAUAAAGGCCCCGCCCCUUCUGGACUUCUCAGUAUUAAAGAAUCCCAGUUUCAUAUGUUAUGCACUUUUUGGGCUCUUUGCCACUCUUGGGUUUUUUGCACCGUCGCUUUAUAUCAUUCCCCUAAGCUUGAGUCUGGGCAUUAACAAGGACCUCUCGGCCUACAUGCUGUCAGCUAUGGCCAUUUCCGAGGUAUUUGGGCGGAUCAGCGCAGGGUGGAUACUAAACAAGAAACCCAUGCGGAAAAUUUAUAUUGAGCUGGUGUUCGUGGUGCUGCUGUGUGUGGCGCUCAUUGCCUUCCCCUUUGCCUACAACUUCAGUGGCCUCAUCGCUUGUAGCGUCUUCUUUGGAUGUAUGUUGGGGACAGUGACUGGAACGCACAUCCCACUGGUGGCUGAAGAUGAUAUUGUUGGGAUUGAGAAGAUGUCAUCGGGAGUGGGUGUAUAUGUAUUUAUCCAGAGCAUCGCUGGGUUGGCUGGACCCCCACUAGGAGGGGUGCUGGUUGACUGGACAAAAAACUACGGGUCAGCAUUUUACUCCUGUGCAGCGGGGAUGGCUCUGGGUGCCCUGUUCUUAGCAUUGGUGAGACCAUGCAAGAGAGGACUGUGCAAGAAGAAGCCGGCGGCUGGGCAGCAUAACAUUUGCCAGGAUGUGAAGGAGCUGCCAGUGGAUUUUCUUGAAAUGGACUUGGGCAGGGUUGAGGGUCUCAGCAAAAGCUGUCAGAGCCUAAACCAAUCCCCCUUAAAUGCAAUUCUAUGAGCCAACAUCUCCACACAGGUUCUCACUUCCACAUGAACUGGUCCUAGGACUGUUUUGCUGCCACUUAAGCUGAUACUUGAAUCCACAUUUGAUUCCUGCUCUUGAGCUCUCUCUUUCUCAUAGUUGUGUAGUGGGUGAUUUAGAAGAUAAUUGCCCAGUUCCCAUUUUUGUCUUCUCUGCCCCCCACUGCCCGAUCAUGGGAAAGUAAAGAGCCGGGAGCAGUAAGAACAGAGAAUUAGAGCUAUGAUCAGAAGUAAGUACUCUGGGGAAAGAUUGCAUUGAUUUAACCAGGGGGUGGUUCUGGUUUGACCAUGGGAAAGAGAGCAACCCAGCAUCAGGAACCACAGAGAAUUCCUGAUUCUUGGGUAAGAACUGAGGGAUGUGAUUCACUUAUUCAUGGGAAGGUUCUUAGUGGGGUAAAUGCAAAUGGGCCCAAGUUUUAUUGCAAAUGGACUUUGAAUCAGAGGUUAAACCAAACAUAAAAAGGGAAAGCAAAUGAAAAAAUGUGAAAGAAUAUCAGAGAUUAUUGGGCAACAAUAUUUUUUCUUUUAGGGUAGUUAGGGUAUUUGUACCCAAAGAAAUAGUUUGAAAACGAUCAUGCAGGGUAUUUAUUUAUCUACCACGUUCUCUUGACGUUACAUGCAGUGUUGUAUGAACUUGAACACACAUAUAACGGUAAAACAACUGGCAUGCUUACUAAAUGGCUGGAUCUGUGCUCUGCAGCCUGGAAUGCUGAGCAAGCAAGUUGCAUGUAAUUGCACUGCUGCCUCCCCCCCCAUGGCUCCAAAACCCUACACUAAAUAGUUAUGGCUGCAUUACGGAAACUCCAGCGCUCCUCUGUACCACUGCGCACGUCAUUAAAUAAGAUACACUGAAAAUAUAUUUUUCGAGAAAAAUAGAAAACAUUUUUUUUUUUGUUAAUGCAAAAACCAAAUAUUUAUUUAAUGAUUUUAGUGUAAAAGCUGCUGCUGACAGAUUAGGUUUCUAAUACAAUGAUGUAAACAGGUCUGUUUUACAUUUCUGUAGGAAUGUUGCAAAUUUCCUAUAGUGCCUCAGGACUUUCUAUAUUUUGUUUUGUAUUUAAAUCCAAAAACCAGUUGUAUUGACAGAUGUAAAUGUAAAUGCAUUUGGGACAUCAUUUGCCUUGGAAUAAAACACAGCAAAUCUG